GUACAUUGUACGUCACUGCCAUGCGCCUCCCAGCCGCGGUGUGGAGCAGUGCCCGGGCAGUCCGCGGACAGUGGAGUGCAGGUUUCGGGAUGUUGCCGGUAAUGUCAGUCCUGGGCCGGAGCUGCUGGGCGGCUCGAACCACUCUCCGGUCCUUACACACCGUGUAUCAGAGUGUGGAGCUGCCGGACACACACCGCAUGCUGAGGGACACCUGCAGGGACUACGCCGAGAGGGAACUGCAGCCCAUAGCCGCCAAACUGGACCGGGAGCACCUCUUCCCCCGGGAUCAGAUUCUACAGAUGGGUAAAAUGGGUUUAUUGGCAGUGGAGGUCCCUGAAGAACUUGGUGGUGCUGGACUUGAUUACUUGGCAUAUUCUAUCGCAAUGGAAGAAAUCAGUCGUGGGUGUGCAUCUACUGGGGUUAUCAUGAGUGUUAACAAUUCUUUGUAUUUAGGACCCAUUUUAAAGUAUGCUACAGAAGAACAGAAAAAACUGUGGCUUUCGCCAUUUUGUAGUGGAGAGAAGAUUGGUUGCUUUGCACUCAGUGAGCCAGGUAAUGGAAGUGAUGCAGGUGCAGCAAGCACAGUUGCUAGGCUGGAGGGUGAAGAGUGGGUUCUUAAUGGCACUAAAUCAUGGAUCACAAAUGCUUGGGAUGCCUCAGCAGUUGUUGUGUUUGCAACCACAGACAAGUCACUAAAACACAAGGGUAUCAGUGCUUUCUUAGUGGAGAUGCCAACUCCAGGUCUCUCCCUUGGGAAGAAGGAAGACAAGUUAGGUAUUAGAGCCUCUUCCACAGCAAACUUGAUCUUUGAAGAUUGUCGAAUUCCUCGUGAGAAUCUUCUAGGACAGGAAGGAAUGGGCUUUAAAAUAGCCAUGCAAACAUUGGAAUCUGGUAGGAUUGGGAUUGCAUCUCAGGCACUUGGAAUUGCACAAGCUGCUUUGGACUGUUCUGUAGAUUAUGCAGAGAAGCGCUUUGCGUUUGGAGCACCUAUUAGUAAAUUACAAGCCAUACAGUUUAAGCUAGCAGACAUGGCAGUGGCUCUGGAAAGCGCUCGGUUGCUUACGUGGAGAGCUUCCAUGCUGAAGGAUAACAAAAAACCUUAUACCAAGGAAGCAGCAAUGGCAAAACUUGCAGCAUCUGAGGCUGCUACACGAGUUUCACAUCAGGCAAUUCAAAUCCUUGGGGGCAUGGGUUAUGUGACAGAUAUGCCAGCUGAACGCUAUUACCGAGAUGCAAGAAUCACAGAAAUUUAUGAAGGCACCAGUGAAAUCCAGAGACUUGUGAUUGCAAACCAGCUUCUCAAGGACUACCGUAGCUAGGACAUUUGUGAAGAGCUGGAUAGUUGGGCAGAAGCCAUUCAUUUUCUUGACUCUAAGACUUAAACCUUUAAUUCACUGUGAUGCCUUAAGGAAGAUCAAGCACUGAUUUAGAUUCAACAGAUCACUUGGACUGUCGAUGUAGUUAAGAUCUUUCCAGGAUUCUUGCACUGUAGAGCGGACUCUGUGCCAAGGACCUGUGAAGUGUCUUACAAAGGGCUCAAAGCUAAAUAAGUUACGAAACACAGAAAUGUAUCCAAAUCACUAGUAUAAUCCAAAAUAUUACAAAUGGAAAUCUUUUAGAAAUAAAAUGACAUUUUUAAUCUAAA